GAAGGACUUCCGUUGGCGUCAGCGGAAGCCGUGACUGGCCGGGCUGCACUGAGGCCGGCUUGGUCACUAUGGAGGAGAUAGGCAUUUUGGUGGAGAAAAUUCAGGAUGAGAUCCCAGCACUGUCCGUGUCUCGGCCGCAGACUGGCCUGUCCUUUCUGGGACCUGAACCUGAGGACCUGGAGGACCUGUACAGCCGCUACAAGAAGCUGCAGCAAGAGCUGGAGUUCCUGGAGGUGCAGGAGGAGUAUAUUAAGGAUGAGCAGAAGAAUCUGAAGAAGGAGUUCCUCCAUGCCCAGGAGGAAGUGAAACGAAUCCAGAGCAUUCCUUUGGUCAUUGGCCAGUUUCUGGAAGCUGUGGAUCAGAACACAGCCAUUGUGGGCUCUACCACAGGCUCCAACUAUUAUGUGCGCAUCCUAAGUACCAUUGAUCGGGAGCUGCUCAAACCCAACGCCUCAGUGGCCCUGCACAAGCACAGCAAUGCACUGGUGGAUGUGCUGCCUCCCGAGGCCGACAGCAGCAUCAUGAUGCUCACCUCAGACCAGAAGCCAGAUGUGAUGUAUGCCGAUAUCGGAGGUAUGGACAUCCAGAAGCAGGAGGUUCGAGAGGCUGUGGAACUCCCGCUUACGCACUUCGAGCUCUACAAGCAGAUUGGCAUCGAUCCUCCCCGAGGUGUCCUCAUGUAUGGCCCUCCUGGCUGUGGAAAGACAAUGUUAGCAAAGGCUGUGGCACAUCACACGACAGCUGCAUUUAUCCGUGUGGUGGGCUCAGAGUUUGUUCAGAAGUACCUGGGUGAAGGCCCCCGAAUGGUCCGGGAUGUGUUCCGCCUAGCCAAGGAGAAUGCACCUGCCAUCAUCUUCAUAGAUGAAAUUGAUGCCAUUGCCACCAAGAGAUUCGAUGCCCAGACAGGAGCUGACAGGGAGGUUCAGAGGAUCCUGCUGGAGCUACUGAAUCAAAUGGAUGGAUUUGACCAAAACGUCAAUGUGAAGGUAAUCAUGGCCACAAACAGAGCAGACACCUUGGAUCCAGCUCUACUGCGGCCAGGACGCUUGGACCGAAAAAUUGAAUUCCCACUCCCUGACCGUCGCCAGAAGAGGUUGAUUUUCUCCACCAUCACCAGCAAGAUGAACCUCUCCGAGGAGGUCGACCUGGAAGACUAUGUGGCCCGUCCAGAUAAGAUUUCAGGAGCCGAUAUCAACUCCAUCUGUCAGGAGAGUGGAAUGUUGGCUGUCCGUGAGAACCGCUACAUUGUCCUGGCCAAGGACUUCGAGAAAGCAUACAAGACUGUGAUCAAGAAAGACGAGCAAGAACAUGAGUUUUACAAGUGACCCCCUCCCCACACUUCCCCAGGCCCCUGUCCCAAAGGCUAGUUUUCUCUUUACCCAGGAUUGGUUUAGGCAAUAAAUGGACGUGAUUGGAUCUAUUUAAUUUCUUCUUGGGUGUUUGACUCCUUUAGGGAAUAUGAACCUUGAAUAGGAGCCUCUGGGUUCCUCCUUGUCCCCUGACCAAUAAGGAGGCAAGGCCUGGAUUGCAGUCUGAGAAAAGAGCAAGGAAUGAGAACCAAAUGACUUUGAAGAUUUUUGGAAAACAGGAUAGAAAAUGGACCUCAACCAAAUCCUUGGCCACAGACUGAAGCCCCUCUGUCAUUUCUUCAAGAAGAUCAUUUGGGUUUUCAGUAAUUUCUGCCUGCCUUACAUGCACAAGGACCAGGGGCAGAGGUAGCCCUCAGUCUCUUCUUGUACACAGCAGUGUCAGAGAGAGCACAGGUGUAUCUGGUUGCCAAGGAAACAGUAAACCCCAGUGCACGUGCCUGUCUGCCCUCUUCCAUUCCUGGGCCCGCUGAGUCGGUUGGGUGUUACCCUGUGUAUGAAGACCAAACUUCUGGCUAGAUGCUCUUCCAGAGACAAGUGAGACUAUUUCUGAGUCACUUGUAACUUAUCAAAAUGUCUUCCACCUUGCUUGAGGCUCUGUGCUCAGUUUGUCUUACUGUCUCCGGGGUUCUGUUUCAGUUUAAGCUUUCCUCACCCUCCCUGGAUGUGGUGCAUCCUUGUUAUCUGUCUGUAGAAGAUGUGUGUCCUACCAUUCUCUGUCACCUUCUCAACUAUUAACCAUAGUUUAAUGUGGCUUUUGAGGCUCCAGUCUGACUCCUGCCCACCUGUUUCCCUGUCUGGCUGCUUGCCCCUGCAGGGUUCUGAAGACUAAAGCCAAAUCCCAGUUCCCCUUAAUACUGUUUAGAUCUGUCUCCCUCCCUAUAGCUACCCAGCCUGCUCCCGCUCGCCAAGUCAGGAAGGAAUCCCUUUGCCAUCCUCUGUAGGGCCUGCCCAUGUUCUGCUUGCAGAAAGCUGCCAUGGUAUAGACCAGUGGUUCUCAAACCUGUGACCUGUGCUGUGACCCUUUAAUACAAUUCCUCAUGUUGUGGUUCCCCCAACCAUAAAAUUAGAUUUAUUGCUACUUCAUAAUGCUAAUUUUGCUAGCUGUGAAUGAGAAUUAAAUAUCUAUUUCCAA